AAUCCAUCCAUCGCUGCUACCUCAGCUCUCCAGUCUCCACAACCACAACACACUAGCUAGCUGGUUAUUCACUAGAGCCAGCUCAAGUCCAUUAGCGAUGGAGCACUUCAACUACAAAGCCCUAGCAGCAUUAUUGUCCGCCACGCUGCUUCUGCUGCUGGCACCUCACCUCAUGGCCGCCGACCCGGACCCUCUCCAGGACUUCUGCGUCGCCGACCUCAACGGCAAGCCCACGGUGAACGGCUACCCGUGCCAGCCUUCCUCGUCGGCCGGCGACGAGUUCCUCUUCUCGACCAGGAUCGCCAGCGGCGGGGACACGCUGGCCAACCCGAACGGCUCCAACGUGACGGAGCUCGACGUGAACGAGUGGCCCGGCCUGAACACGCUCGGCGUGUCCAUGAACCGCGUCGACUUCGCCCCCGGCGGCACCAACCCGCCGCACGUCCACCCGCGCGCCACCGAGGUCGGGAUCGUGACCCGCGGCGAGCUCCUCGUCGGCAUCGUCGGCAGCCUCGACUCCGGCAACCGGUACUACUCCAAGGUGGUCCGCGCCGGGGAGACCUUCGUCAUCCCGCGCGGCCUCGUGCACUUCCAGUUCAACGUCGGGAAGGAGGAGGCCACCAUGGUGGUGUCGUUCAACAGCCAGAACCCAGGCAUCAUCUUCGUGCCGCUGACGCUGUUCGGGUCCUCGCCGCCGAUCCCGACGCCGGUGCUCGUCAAGGCGCUCCGGGUGGACGCCGAGGUCGUCGAGCUCCUCAAGUCCAAGUUCACCGGUGGGUACUGACAGCCUCCUGCUGCUCUUAUGAUGGCUUCGCGCGUGGAUUUAUCCGUAGGGAAUUGGUGUCGAUCGGAUCAACAACAAUUUGGUAUUGUAGCUAUAAAUAAUGUCGAUGAAAGGAGUCAGAACACGUAUAUUUAAGCUUUGUUUUUUUAAACCUAUAUUUAAGCUUUGGUUAAGAAGCUAAGUGUAAUAUUAUGGAAUAAGUCAGGAUGGCCUCGAGGUUCACUACCUAGUCGGGGAAUUAAAUUGUAUUUGCUCAUUUUUCAUGUGUAAUGUAACAAAUGAAAUUGUAUAUGUGUGCUUUUCUAAAGUACGAUUGUAUCCA